GCUUUAGGUUAAUCGACUCUAGGACGUCAGAUUCGGGUAUACUUGUUAGUUUGAUUGCAAUUUUACAGAAUUCUUUAUCUAUAAACAAAGCGCUACCGACUUCAUUGAAUUGAAUCAAAGCUACGCUUCAGUCUACAGACAAGUCAAGAGACAGUAAGGACAGCAGGGGCGAACACCCUAGAAGAGAAUCCUUGCGGCAGCAACAAGCAAAGAAAACAUUUUCUUCACCAUCUCACUACACCAAGCUGGUCAGCUGACAUCAUGCAGCUGCAGAUCGCGGUGCUGGUAACCAUGGUUACCUUGGCUGCAGGAGCCGCCAUUAAAGACGAAAAGUUAACAGAGACGACAGUGGCACCUCAGGGCCCAGUGGAGAAAGCUGAGGGGACCACUCGCACCCCCGAUGGGACCACUCGCACCCCCGAUGGGACCACUCUCACCACUGAGGUGUACGAUGACGUGACAGAUGUGGAGGGGGAAUCGCAGAAGACGACUGACAACAUGGAGGUGUACGACGAUGAAACUGAGGAGGAGGAGACGUCAGAGGAAGGUGACAAAAAGUGGGGAGAUGUGUGGUCCAAGGUGGCUGCACUACGUUUAUGGCUAGGUUGGAAUAAGCAGGGACAGGGUUGGCAGGGUUGGCAGGGUAAAGAUUGGCAGGGUAAAGAUUGGCAGAGUAAAGAUUGGCAAGGUAAAGAUUGGCAGGGACAGGGUUGGCAGGGUAAAGAUGGGCAGGGACAGGGUUGGCAGGGUAAAGAUUGGCAGGGGAAAGAUUGGCAGGGACAGGGUUGGCAGGGGAAAGAUGGGCAGGGACAGGGUUGGCAGGGACAGAACUGGCAGGGUAAAGAUGGGCAGGGACAGGGUUGGCAGGGUAAAGAUUGGCAGGGUAAAGAUUGGCAGGGGAAAGAUUGGCAGGGACAGGGUUGGCAGGGAAAAAAUUGGCAGGGACAGGGUUGGCAGGGUAAAGAUGGGCAGGGACAGGGUUGGCAGGGGAAAGAUUGGCAGGGACAGGGUUGGCAGGGGGACAGAUUGGCAGGGUAAAGAUUGGCAAGGAAAAGAUUGGCAGGGACAGGGUUGGCAGGGGACAGAUUGGCAGGGUAAAGAUUGGCAGGGACAGGGUUGGCAGGGUAAAGAUUGGCAGGGACAGGGUUGGCAAGGAAAGGGUUGGCAGAACCAAGAUUGGGAGAAAAAAUAAGUGUGGCUACACAUUGCCACUUUACCUUGGGCUAAUCCCGCUAAUGCACAAACAACUGAUCGCAUGAGAUUUUAAAAAGUAGUUAGAACAGCUUUAAUAACAGUAAGUUUGUAAUUUCAAAAGAGACAAUCAUUUUAUAAGAAUGUGUAUUCAUUAAACUUUUUUCGUAGCAGUAAAAAAGUUUUUAUAUGAGUAAUAACUAGGCCUAAAUUUACAUAAAUGGCUAGUUGGUAUAAAUGUGGUUUUCAAUCCCCUAGUACAUGUUUAUUGAUUUUUACUGUUUAAAUGUUAUAUUUAGCUGUUGUUUCUCACUUGAAGUUACCUGUUUAGAGAAAUCUAUUUCUGUUGCAGUAAUGUGAAUAUAACUAUAACUAUAAGAAUCGUAUCUGUCGAAUUUCUGCAUUAGUAUUUUUAUUAGUAAACGAUGUUUUUUUUUCUUUCGAAACCGAACUAGGAUGAGAGUAUACAAAAACAUAUUGUAAAUUUAGGACCGCGUUCUAUUUAAAAAAAAACUAGUAUUUAGAAUUUUUUUUUAAUUUUUAAUUUACUACCAUUGUGCUUCAGAUUAUUUUGUCGCAUUACCUUUAGAUGUGUAUCUUUUUAUUAAAAAUUAAAAGUGAUUUCCACUU